AGCUUGGUGGGCCUGCAAAGUAAACAGCCAUGUGCAUUGAGCAUUCCUAUCUCUAUAUUUAACAGCUGCCCGUCUUACCAGGCUCAUGACUUUUGAGGGAGGUGGGGUAGGGGCUGCUCAGGUCUUGGGGAGGGGUAAAAAAAAGAAAGAAGAAGUCUGAGGAUUAUCUCUCUUUUUCUUUCCCCCCUCCUUUUUCAAUUUCUUUCUUAGAGAGACCUGCACCAUGCCGGCAUCUCAAAGUCGGGCCAGGGCGAGAGACAGGAACAAUGUCUUGAACAGGGCUGAAUUCAUGUCUCUGAACCAGCCCUUGAAAGGUGCCCAAGAGCCCAGGAGCGCUGGCCGGAGGCAGAACAGCCAGCCCGGCCCCACUCCUGCCCCAAACGAAGGUGCCAAGGAGCGGAGGCAAUCUCAGCAGCUGCCUGAGGAAGACUGCAUGCAGCUGAACCCUUCCUUCAAAGGAAUCGCCUACAAUUCCCUCCUGGCCAUCGACAUCUCUCUCUCAAAGAGGCUUGGGGUGUGUGCCAGAAACGCCUCGUCCUGGGGCAAUGCCCGCUCCAUGAUCAACCUCAUUGGGAUCACCGGGCAUGGGAUCCCUUGGAUCGGCGGCACGCUGAUCUGUCUGGUGAAGAGCAGCACCCUGGCAGGCCAGGAGGUCCUCAUGAACCUACUUUUGGCCUUAUUUCUGGACAUCAUCAUUGUGGCUGGCUUACAGAAGAUGGCCAAGCGAAAGGGCCCGUAUGACGUAAGCCCAGGCCUGUUGGACUACUUGACCAUGGACGUCUAUGCUUUUCCAGCAGGACAUGCCAGCCGAGCUGCCAUGGUAUCCAAGUUCUUCCUCAACCACCUGGUCUUAGCUGUACCGCUCCGGAUCUUAAUUGUGAUCUGGGCCUUCUUGGUGGGACUUUCCCGGAUCAUGGUUGGGCGGCACCAUGUCACCGACGUCCUUUCUGGAUUUGCGUUUGGCUAUUUGCAGUUUAGGCUGGUGGAGGUGAUGUGGAUGUCUUCUAAUACUUGCCAGAUGUUGAUCUCCAUGUGGUGAAACAGCAGCAACGCACUGUCCUUUCCUCCUUAUUUUUACAUAAUGAAGACUUGAAUACACUUUUUAAAAAGUGAAGGAUUUUGAAAAUGAAACACGGUACAUAAACCUCCACGUGCUGGGAAUGGUUAUCAACUUCCACCAGGGUGGUGAAGACCUGGUUGCAUCUAUUAUAGCACAAUGUCUUGGGAUGAUUUCUUGCCGGUUGUGCUGCCGAGACCCACUGCUACAUUUUGCCAUGUUUUCGUGACUCCCAAGUGGAUGGAAAAUUAAUUUGGUUGUAGGGAGAGAACACAAUUGCAUUCUGUUGCUGUUUGUUUGUUUAGAUGGCACACUCUUGACACUGUUGGAAUGCCUACCCCUUGUUGUUGAAUGUGGUUGUGCAUUGAUUUUCUUUCGUGGAGGCCAGGAAAUUUGAUAUGAAGUGAAUUAUAAGGUUGCAGUCUGGAGCUCUAGGAUUCAGUCCCUAAGUCAUACUCAGGGUAGGCCCACUAAAAUCAAUUGAGUUAAGGUCCUCAUCUACACUAAGCAUUUUAAAGAAGGACCGUGCCAGCCAUGGCUUACCCCUAUAAAUCCUGGAAAUUUAGUUUGUUACGGUGCUGAGAGUUGUUAGGAAACCCUUGUUGCCUUCAUAGAACUUCCCUGCGAAGAGGAAUGGACUGUUCAACCACCCUGGGAAAUGUGGCUCCAUGAAGGGAAUAGGGGUCUCCUGAGAACUUGCAGCAGCUUUAACAAACCACAGCUCCCAUAAUCAUUUAGGGAAAGCCAUGACUAUUUAAAAUGCCUAGGGCUUGCCGAUCAGAAGGUCAGCGGUUCAAAUCCCCGCGACGGGGUGAGCUCCCGUUGUUCGGUCCCUGCUCCUGCCAACCUAGCAGUUCGAAAGCACAUCAAAGUGCAAGUAGAUAAAUAGGUACCACUCUGGCGGGAAGGUAAACGGCGUUUCCAUGCGCUGCUCUGGUUCGCCAGAAGUGGCUUAGUCAUGCUGGCCAGAUGACCCGGAAACUGUAUGCCGGCUCCCUCGGCCAAUAAAGCGAGAUGUGCGCCGCAACCCCAGAGUCGGCCACGACUGGACCUAAUGGUCAGGGGUCCCUUUACCUUUAACUUUGUCACAUCCAGCAAUUUCAAUGGGUCUACUCUGAGUAGGGCUAACAUCAGCUAUCUCUUAAAAUUCCUCAAAGCAGCAAGAUCUGAGGGCAUUUAUUUGCUCCUGUUGCUGUAAUUAGCAUGAUUCUGAUUUUUUCUGCUCGGCCGACUACAGAUGGGUGACAGUAGGGUGGCUACUUAACAUAUCACCAAAGAAAAGAGGACACAGAUUCACAUAAAAUUUGCAUGUACCAUUUCAUAUGUAUGCAUGCAAAUAUAGUGAAUAUGGUUAUAAUUUAAAUAGAAAUACACUGCAAGUCACCAUAGUAGGAAAGACAGAGACUAGGUGACCUGCUUGUCUCAGGGCUAGCCAUUGAUGGAUGGCUUCAAGGCCAGGGUGAUGGGAGUUGUAGUCCAAAACAUGUGGAUGGCACCAGCUUGGUGAAGAGUGAAGUAUGUUAGUGCUGAGUGAAACCAUGUCUGCCUUACUUCUUGCUGCAUUGAGCAAUUUAAACCUAUGGUUCAGAAUCCCAGAUUGCAACUGUCACUCUCCCACCCUCUGCUGCAGUGAAUUGCAAUUCUUUUUGGGUUACUUGCAUCCAUUGUCCCUCAUGCAAGCCAGGCACAGAGCCAGAAAUUAACAAAUAAUAAAGGAUAUGUCAAGUUUG